AUGAUGUUGUUGAAAAAAAAUUCUUAAUGUGAUCAUUUCUCUUGGGAAAAAUAUUCCGUUCUCUCUCUCUCUCACCUCUCGUUGGAACAACACGGCAAUCAUCAUCAUUAAACAACAACAACAAAAAACAAUGAAAAUUUCAUAGUAAAAAAUAGAAUCGAUUACGAAAAAUGAUGAUAAUGAUGAUAAUAAAGAAUAUUUGAAAAGAAUUACCGCUUCUACUUUCAUUUGGAUUCCAAAAAAAAAAAAAAAAAAAAAACGAUGAUGAUGAUUUCAUCAAAUUCAAUGGAAGAUUAUUCUGUAUCAUCAUCAUCAUCAAAUAUCGAUCAGAAUGAUGAUCCUACGGAUGAUUUGGAUGAUGAUUAUCAUCAUCAUCUGAAUCAUCAAAAUCUUCAACCAAACGAUAAUUUGAUUUUAAUGAUGAAAAAUUAUACAAACAAACAAUUAAAUCAUUUUUGUAAUGAAUUAUUAUCGUCAUUAGUUUCAUCAACAACGACCGCAGCAUCAAAUAAGACUUCUGAGGUAGAAAUAGAAUUCUGUAAGAGUUACAUUUCAUCAUCCACAGCAGAAUCAUCUUCCGACACUGCAUCAUCAUUUCAAUUCACAAGUGAACCUUAUUAUUUUUCUCAAAUGCCAAAUCUAACUAAAACAAUAAUCAAUAAUUUAUUGAUUGAAUCAAAAUUCUAUGUGCCAAAUAAUUUAUCAUCAUCAUCAUCAUCGCCUUUAUCAUUUGAACAAAUACAGAAUAAUCCUUUCGACGACUAUAACCACUCAAUGAUGAUGAUCAAUAAUAAUGAUUACAACGGAAAUAUUACUGAUCUAAAUAACAAUAAUGAUGGUUAUCUUAAUCCAAAUUUAAAAAUAACAUUAAUCGUUUUAUUGAGCUUGAUGAUUGUAUUUACUGUUAUUGGUAAUAUUUUAGUUUGUUUAUCAGUAAUAUUGGUUCGUAAAUUACGACAUCCAUCCAAUUAUCUUUUGGUAUCAUUAGCGAUAUCAGAUCUUUGUGUAGCAAUAUUAGUAAUGCCAUUAGCAUUACAAUAUGAAUUAUCACAAUCAUGGCGUUUAUCUCAAAAUAUCUGUGAUUUAUGGGUUUCAUUCGAUGUAACCGCAUGUACAUCAUCAAUAUUAAAUCUUUGUACAAUAUCAAUCGAUCGUUAUUUGGCAAUAAAAAAACCAUUAACCUAUGGUGUACGACGUACAACACGUCGUAUUUUAUCAUUUAUUGUUACUGUUUGGAUUGCAUCCUGCCUGAUAUCAAUACCACCGGUAUUAAUAUUGGGUAAUGAACAUGGUACACCUGAACAACCAAUAUGUGAAGUUAGUCAAAAUCGUGGUUAUCAAUUAUAUGCAACAUUAGGUUCAUUUUAUAUACCAUUAUUUGUUAUGAUUGUUAUGUAUUAUAAAAUUUAUGUUGCUGCAAAACGUGUUGUUGAUGCUGAAUUACGUGAUCAACGACCAUCAUCAUGUACAAAUCAAACAUCAUCAUUGACAUUAAAAACAUUAGCAAUGAAACAACGUGCAUCAAAUGCAUUACGUGAACGUAAAGCAUCCGUUACUUUAGGUAUCAUAAUGACAGCAUUUACUGUUUGUUGGUUACCAUUUUUUAUAUUGGCAGUAUUACGUCCAUUUUCAGCUUCAGUUAUGCAAAUUCCACGUUAUGUAACUAGUAUUGCAUUAUGGUUAGGUUAUGUUAAUUCGAUGCUCAAUCCAAUAAUAUAUGUUACAUUUCAUCAAGAUUUUCGUCGUGCAUUUAAAUAUUUACUUUGUUUUCAAUGUCGUUCAAUGGGCACUAGAUUACGUGAAGAAGCAUAUCUAAGUCAAUAUGGUAAAUGUAAUCUAAAUCAACAACAACAAUUUCGACAACAAAGAAAUUUAAAUUUUGAAAAUUUUGAACAACAACAACAACAACAACAACAAAGGCUACAACAACAACAACAAAGAUCAUGUAAAAUAAUUGUACACGAUGAUGAUGAUGAUAUGUUUUGUCAUUACAAAUUGGCUUUUGGUGGGUCAAAAUAG